GGACGGAAUAUCCCUGCCGGGAGGAACCUUAUCCGGGGUAAAGGCCGGGCAUUUACCGGCAUUCUAGGGUUUUAGCAGAUAUUGUGCUCGCUGCUACGAGCCGAGAGCUUCCAGGGGGAAAUUUUCUCGGCCAGCGCCUUCUGUGACGUCGAUUUCUUUCUGGGAGCGCUUUUCCGAAGCUGUAAUCGAAGGAGCGGCGGCGAGCCAGGCCGAAGGCGCUGCUCCAGCGCCUUCCGGGGAUUUUUUUUUUAUGGCUGGGAAGUUAAAUUCGAAUAAGAACAAAGGAAAGAAAGGAGCGUCCCGGGAGAAUGAGACACAUUCUCCGAGAGCUAGUGAGGCGCAAACUGUUGCUGUGGAGGGCGAGGGCGGUGUGAAGAACAGCGAUGAAUCGGCUGAGGUGUUUUCAGCUGACAAGCAACUGGGUGAAAAGGCCGCACGCGAAGAUGAGCAGAAGCUCUACCCGGUGAAAGUCAAAGGCCCGGCCGGGGAACAGAUUGAACUCCAGAUAAGUCCCAAUGAUUCGGUAAUGGACUUGAGGCAGUUUUUGUUGGAUUCGAUUGAAAGCUGCUUCUACACCUGCUACGAUCUUAUACUACAUGGCCCCAACGGGGCAAAGUAUCAGCUAGCCGAGUUUCUAGAGAUAGGUGAAGUAGCGGAUAUCACCGUUGGAGGUUUCUCGCUGGAGAUGGUCAAUGCUGCGUACGAUGAUAGGUCUGUGAGAGUCCAUGUACGUCGUACACGCGAUCUGAUUUCGACAUCAAACAUCUACUUUUCUGUGUCAACUGCAUUGGCCAUGGAGUUCGAAAGGAAACAGGAAGCUUCUGCUUGCGCAGAGAAGACGAAAAACGAGAAAGAAAAAGAAGUCAGACAAGAGAUUACCGAGCUGGAAGCGCUGGGACUCAUGGACGAGCCUAGCAAGAUGCUGAAAGAUUUGGUUUCUAGUCCCGACGUACCCGAUGUCAAAUGCAUCCAAAGUAUUUCUUUUUCCUCGUUUAACCCGGUUCCUGGUUACCGGAGGCUUGUUGGAGAUCUACUAUAUCUGGAUAUCUCGACAUUGGAAGGAAAGAAUUACUGCGUGACGGCUCACUGCCAGGGGUUUUUUGUGAACUCUAGUAAGAGCGAUGUUCUGAACCCACACCCCUUGAAAGCUGGGCACGACGGGACCACGCUUGUGGGACUUCUUCACCAGCUGAGUCCUGCUUUUACAAAAGGUUUUUCAGAGGUUUUGAAGCGGAAGGGAGCAGGCCACCCUUUUGAAAACGUUCCGGUGUUACACCCGCCGAAUCAUUGGCUAGGGAGUUACCCCCCUUCGCCACACAAAAGAGACAUUUCACGGGCUGAGGACGCUCUAAUGUCGUCCUAUGGAUCCGAGGUAUUUGGCUUACAAAGGGACUGGAACGAAGAGCUUCAGUCAUGCAGGGACUUCCCUCGAGAAACUCCUCAGGACAGGCUGAUGCGAGAUAGAGCACUAUACAAAGUCAAUUGUGAUUUUGUAGAUGCUGCGAUCAAGGGCGCGAAGGCGGUCAUAGGUCGAUGCAUUCCUCCUAUUAACCCCACGGAUCCAGAUCGCUUUCAAAUGUACGUGCACAACAAUAUUUUUUUUAGUUUUGCUCUUGAUGGAGAUUUUCUCCUCAUGCAGCAAAAUAGAGAGCAAGAAGCUCAAAACACGACGGACUGUGAGAAACAGCCAGAUGACAAACAACCAGAAGAGAAACAACCAGAAAAGGAGCCGAAACUUGCAGAGUCAAUAGAACCGUCUUUGAACGCCGAACGUGAUCAAUCUAUAGGCCAGAAGAAAAACUCUACAGAAGUGAAGGAUGACCCAACUAAUGCUAUGGAGGGAGAGCAGGCUACAUAUUCGUCUGCCAACAAUGACUUGAAAGGCACAAAAGCGUAUAACAAUGCUGAUGUCGCGGGGUUGUAUACGCUUGCAAUGGCUAUAGUCGAUUACAGAGGGCAUCGGGUAGUUGCUCAGAGUAUAAUUCCUGGUAUUCUUCAAGGGGAUAAAUCCGAAUCGUUGUUGUAUGGCUCCCUGGAUAACGGCAAAAAGAUUUCGUGGAACGAGAAGUUUCAUACGAAGGUUGUUGAAGCUGGAAAGCUACUGCACAUCAAAGAGCACGAAGUGCUGGAUGGAUCUGGUGGAAAAGUGAAGUUGUGUGCACCCGUUGAGUGCAAGGGAAUCGUCGGAAGUGAUAAUAGAUACUACAUACUUGAUUUGAUGAGGACGUUUCCAAGGGAUGUAAACUACACUGGACCAGGAUCUCGUCUAUCCGUUUUGAGACCUGAGCUAAUCGCUGCAUUUUGUCAGGCCGAGUCACAAACGGAGAGGGAUGAUAAAAGCAUCCCAACGAUUUUGUUUAAUCCUAACGUCUUUACGGAUUUCACUGUUGCCGGAGAGCCCGAGGAAAAAGCUGCGGAUGAAGAGUUAGUUAGAAAAGCUGGGGAUUACUUAACGAACGUCGUACUCAAGAAAUUUAUUCAGGACCUUAGUAGCCUGGAAGUUUCACCUAUGGAUGGGCAAACUUUAACAGAAGCAUUACACGCCCAUGGCAUCAAUAUUAGAUACCUUGGCAAGGUGGCUCAGCUAGCGAAGCAUAUGCCACAUAUCUACGAGCUUUGCGUUGUUGAAAUGGUUGUUCGGUCAGCAAAACACGUUUUAAAGGGUAUUCUAAGAGAAACACUUGACCAGGAUGUUGGAGGAUGCGUUGCUCAUUUUCUGAACUGUCUCUUCGGUACUGUGCAAUCUGCCAGUCCGAAGGUAACUCCAACAAAGACGUCCCCGGGAAAGAAGAAGAAAGGUGGUCAUUCAUCACCCAAUGCUGUUGUCUCUGACGAGGCCAACAAGCAGCCAUUUUAUGCGUGUAUCACUUCGGAGCUUGUAUGGAUCGAUAUCAAGGAGAGCGUUCACUUUAAAUACCAGUUUGAUUUUGCAGAUGACUUCAGAGCCAUCAUUCGCAAGAUUUCAGCUGUUAGGAAUAUCUGCCUAAAGGUUGGAAUAACUUUGGCUGCAAGGGCGUAUAAUCUUGAGUCAGCCACCCCAUUUGAACAAAUGGACAUACUCGACCUCCAGGCGGUUGUGAAACACGCUGCUCCAGUUUGCGCAGAUGCUCAAGAGCUUAUGGAGAAUGGCAAGCUUCUAUUUGCCCAAGGCAAAGUUCCCGAGGCAUACGAGCAUUUCUCCGAGGCUUUCUUCAUCUUGCAACAGGUUUCUGGCCCAAUGCAUAGGGAGGUGGCAAAUUGUUGCAGGUAUUUGGCGAUGGUUCUAUAUCAUACCGGUGACAUGGGAGGAGCGAUUAUGCAACAACAUAAAGAGCUCAUAAUUAAUGAGCGUUGCCUUGGCUGUGAUCAUCCAGAUACUGCACACAGCUAUGGCAACAUGGCGUUGUUUUAUCAUGGACUGAACCAGACCGAUUCGGCUUUAAGACACAUGGCCCGGACGCUUCUGCUUCUUAAUAUUUCGUGUGGAUGUGAUCAUCCGGACGUUGCAGCAACCUUUAUCAAUAUUGCUGUUAUGUACCAAGAGCUAAGCAACAUGCACGUUGCGUUGAGGUACCUCCAAGAGGCGCUCAAGAAAAAUGAGCGCCUUUUGGGAAGUAAUCACAUCCAGACUGCGGUUUGCUAUCAUGCUUUGGCCGUGGCCUUUAAUUUCAUGGGUGCCUACAAGCUAUCACUACAGCAUGAAAAGAGUACACACGACAUACUGUCUAAACAGCUGGGUGAAGAUGAUCCCCGAACCAAGGAGUCGGCAAACUGGAUGAGAACGUUUCAAGUCCGCGAAUUGCAGGCUCAUGCUCAAAAGCAAAGAGGUCAGGCUGCGACCAUGGUAGCGUCGCAAAAGUCAGAAGCUUUGAAGGCGAGGGCCGACUUGGUCCAAGUUUUCCAAGCAGCCGGCGGUGGCGCGGGGCGUGGGAUAAACAAAGCCGUGGCGGCUGCGGCGCUCCUGGGAGAAACGCUCCCGAGAACAAGAGGAAUGGACGAGCGUGGCGCUCGGGCAGCGGCGGAAGUUCGCAAGAAGGCAGUCGCGAAAGGCCUCAAUGUACGCUCCUCGUCCUCGUCGUCCAGCGUCAAUCCAGGUGAUCCCACUCUCAGCGACCUUAUCAGCCUCUUUAACAACGGCAAGGGCUCUUCAAACUCGAAGAACUCAACACCAUCAUUAGCAGCAGCACCAGCAGCACCAGCAGCAUCGGUACCAGCAGCAACUUCUACUAGCGAUCAAGCGAGCUCAAAUUUUGAUAAUCGGAAGAGCACUCCAGUGGGACUGGGCGAAGGAUUGAGUCUAGAGACGAGCAAGAAGAAGAAGAAUAAAUUAAAGCAGCAGCAGCAGCAGCAACAGCAGCAACAGCAGUGAGAUCUCCAAUUUUCAUCGUUAAAGAGGCAGCGAGGAAUAACUUGGCAAUCCAGCCAUCAAACAAACUCUGGUAUAAUUUUGCUGUUCUUCCCAUUUUGUGGGAGGGGAAGAUCUGGGAAGAAGAUAAAAGCUGAGGUUUAAAACUUGGUUUAUUUACGUC